AUGUUGACCCUGUCCAUUGGCCGGGCCACUGUGGGCACCGAGGCUUCUCGUUCCGAGGCUUGCAGCCUGGAUGACUACUAUUGCAGCGAAAUUCAGUGCUUGGCGGGGAAUUUUGCAACCCGCCUGCUCAGCCUCCCUUGCCUUCUCGUUUGGCUUUUGUUUCCCGAUUUAGGCACUCAUGUCGGACUCUCGGUGCUGUCUCAGCAGAAGCUGAACGGUAAUCCACCGGGGAGAGGUGGAAACAGAGUUCAUUUGUUGCUUAAACAGUCACUGCCUCCAUCAGUCAUACGUGUUCUUGACACCAGACUUGUUGCCGCGUGCACGUACCCAGGUAAUGUGCCCUGGGAGCCAGAUUCCAAAUGGUUGGAUCCUGUUGAGCAGCCUGAUCAUGCUGGGCAUUUGUCCGUAUCGUUCGGUUGA